GUGUAGACUGUAUCUCAAGAGAAGCAGAAAAAGUCUUGCAAUGGCUGGAACCAGCUCUUUUGUAAUAUCAUGGCCCAAGAAUAUCAAGUUAUCUUUUGUUAAGCCACUGCCUGAGGAUUUAGAUAUUUAUUGUAGCAAAUGUCGACUUUUUAUGCAAAAUCCUCACCAAACCUCCUGUUGUGGCAUACACUUAUGUGAAGAUUGUCAUAAAAUGGCAAAUGCUAAAUUGUACAGGCAUACAUCUAAAUGUCCUUCUUGUUCCUCAUCUCAAUAUAAUGCUUUCCCUGAUCGGGCUCAUCGAAGAAGAAUAAAGGCAUUAGAAGUUCACUGCAUACACUGUGUGAAACAGUGCAGUUGGUCUGGCAAGCUGGAAGAGUUAUCUGCUCAUCUUAAUUACCGUGAGAAGAAAGACCUGUAUAGACGAUAUGAAGGAUGUAGCUACACUGAAAUUAGAUGCAAGCAUGAUUCUUGUUUCUCAUUUUUUUAUCAUGAACGUAGACUGUUAAAAGCUCAUGAAGAUAACUGCAAACAUCGACCAGCUACAUGCGCUUAUUGUUAUAUUUUUAAAGGCACUUUUGAGAAAGUAGAAGAUCAUCAUAAAACUUGUGGUAUGUUUCCUGUCCCUUGUACAAAUAAAGAUCACCAAGAUUUCACCAUUCGGCGAAAGAAUCUUCAGCAUCAUCUUGACACUGAUUGCCCAUUCCAACCGAUAGAUUGCCAGUUUAAGUGGGCUGGGUGCAAUGAUAGGCCAAAGCGUAAAGAUGAACGCCAGCACAAUGCUGCCAGCCUACAGGACCACUUACUACUGCUAGCUGGGGCUUGCUCACAAUUGAAAAAAGAUAAUGAAGACUUAAGGGAACAAUUGAAUCAACUUACUAAAGCUAGAGUGGAGAAGCUUGAUCAUACUGUACAUGGUGACCUUCCAGUUACUGGUGAUGAAAACAAUCCUGUUCAUGUGAAAGCAGAUGGUCAGCCAGUUCCUUUUUUCUCUGAUAAUUAUAAGUACAAAAUGUCAGUGAAGUUUGGCAAAGUCAGAAGUGCUACACAUUUUUUUACAUCUUAUAAUAUUGAGUUUAAAGUGUAUAGAGGCAAUCAUAAAGUGAUACCUGACGUUAAGAGAAUUGUGAUUAAGAGUGACAGAGGUAAACAAGUUGUACUUAGGGAAGGUGAUCUAGUGAAGGAUCCCAGUAAAGAUAAUGAAAAGCAAAGGAUACAUGCUACUAUUCCCGACAUAUAUAGAGAAGUUAUAUACAUCAUCAAAGUUUCUUGAUUUAAAAAAAAAAUUUUGCUUCAUUUAGUGAAGUCAUUAGCUAACAUUUAGUUUUGUAUUAUGUUUUGUUUUGUAAUGCAUCAUGACUUUGAAGCUAUUUUAUGGCUUGGUUUGGUAAAGCUUUUUAGCAUUAGUUUUGUUAUAUCUUUCAUUUACUAGCUGUUUAAAUUAAUAUUGAGCACACUGCAUAUGUAAAUGCCUGUUGCAUGUAGGCUAUAAGCAUAUGUUGCUUUGAUAUUUUGUGUGUUUUAUAGGAAAUACACAAUAUAUUGGAAGUUAUUGUGAGAAGGAAUAAUAUUAAUGAGAUAUCUCAUUCACGUCAGCUCUACAUUGAGUCAUGGCAGCAGGUGGUGGAGGUAUUGAUGAGUGUUGUCAAUGAGGAGGGAGAGAAAGAAUCACUGAGGAUUGAUGUGCUUUUUGAAUUAAUUCAAGAUUUACUGUUAAAGGUUGAAGGGACUGAACCCAAUUCCCUAACUGCCAUUAUAUUUUCAGUGAUAUUCACACUAAUGGCUUAUCUCCGUCACACUCUAUCAGUAUCAUCAGAGAGAGAACAAGAGCAAGGUAAUGCUGUUCAUCUAGCCAAUGCUGGUCCAUUGCAGUCUAUACUGAGGAGACUGUUGAACAACCUCUUGGUCUGCCCUUCAGGAAUGCAACGACUUCGUUCCUACCUUUACGCUACUCUUCUCUGCUACCUCAACAUGACUAAAGAGAGGGAGACAGAACUGGGAAGCUACCGUGGUAAUAAUGAUAAACCAACAUUUGUAAUACAUAUAGACUUAUUUAGUACCGUAUAGCCGGAAAAUUUGGCGGUCUGAAACUUUGGCAGUUUUGCAUCAAAACUGUCUAAAUAUAAUAUUGGCGGUCAUUUAAUU